GCCACCUGACAUCCUGGACCCUCCAGCUCCACCAGGCCAAGCAGGAAUUCCAAACCUGUUUUUCCAGCAGCUCUCAUGCCCCUGGCCACAGUGAGUCACCCUCCCCACCUGCCAUGCCCACCAAGUCACCACCCUGUCACCAAGCCCUGAGCUCUGCUUCCCAAGGCCCCUGGAAGCACCUUCCCCCAAGCUGCCCAUGCCUCUCACUGUGACCCAUGGACACAGAGCCUUGGAGCUGGAGGAAACCUCUCUCUGGGUGGGGGCCUGGACCUUUGGGUCACCUGCCUUGGCAAGUGAGACUUCACACGUCCCCACCAAGCUCCAGCCAGGGCCAGGCACCAGAUGCAAAUGUGGGGCUUCCCCAGGGGGCUCCUGCGCGCACCCCUCCUGGUUUCCAAAGGCACCACCAGAUAACCCCUCCUGUAGGUGGAUCCUCCAGGCCCCGGCACUGUGUCAGGGAGAGCCCGGCCAGGAACAUUCGCAGGAGAUAUUUGCUGGGAUCCCCGGCAUCGGAGACGUGGGGCUCAGCAAGGGAGAGAUGCCAGGAGGAAAGGCCAGAGGGUCUGUCUCAAGCCCAGGCCUGACUGGCCCCAGUACCCACGGUGCUCCAAGAGCCUCAGCCCAGCCCAGGACCACCCUCCCUGGAACUGGCCCUGCCCUUCCCUGGGCCUGUUGUUGUCUGUUCAUCAGCCAUGUGGCAGCGGCGGCAGGAGGCUGGGCCCAGGGCUGACCUCCAUCUGUGCCCCUGCUCCCACUCAUCUUCAGCCUGGCCAGGGCAGGGGCAAAGCAAGUCUGUGGGCCCCUCCGCACCACUCAGGUGGGUGCUGCCCAGUACAGGCGAGUGGCAGAGCGCGCUGGGCUGAGCAGGUGGAUGGGGGCCCCAAGAGGUGGGCUCCUGCGCUAGGCGGUGGGUGCUCAGAGACCCCGUCUCCAGGAAAAGAAAGUCCCUCCUGUGAGUAUAAAGAGGGUGAAGGUGGGGACUGGCCUCCACUCAACGGGCAGCAGACCAAGAACCUGCUUUGAGGCCCUGGGUGCUGGGGCCCAGCCCCAAGGAGUUCACGGUUUUGGGGAGACUGGAGCUAGGACACCUAGAGCAAUAGUUACAAAGUGGCCGGGAUGGCGCUGCCCCCAACGUAGCAGGAGGGGCCUGGAGAGUGGGGGAAGGAAUCCCACGGAGAGGGCUCCUGGGGCCCUGCAGGGUGGGAGGUAGGGCUGGUAGAGACCAGGAGGGCUCAGUCUCUCCCCGCACAACGAAGGGUGGAGUUGCUGCCUCCACAGCCCGGGCCUUCCGCCCACAGGGCUCCCCAGGCAACUUCGAGGACCGGGUCCUCACAGUCCUCACUCUGUCCAGUGCUCACCUCACUGCUGCCCCAGCUGCCCUCCCUGCCUCGGAGUGGCCUCUGCCUCUGCCUCUGCCUCACACACCCCAUCAGCCCACAGCCGCCCCAAGCCCUUGCAGCUCAAGGACCUUCCGCAUCCCGGGCAGCAACCCUGAGCCCAGGGCCAGGAGGGUAGGACCAGCGCCUGCUCUUCCUCCCUCCCCCGCCCUGGGCACCCACGGGCACCCACGGGGCACCUGGCACAGGCUGCAACGCUAUUGAGGGAACUAUGGGGGGAAUGCAGGGACAAAGACACAGGAUGGUGAUGGAUGGUGGGGGGUGGGGGGCGGAGGGUAGCGGGUGGCAGGUCAGAGACAAAGUGACGCAGGAACAGACAGCAGCGAGAGAACAAGACCCACAGAAACAGAGAAGUGAAAGCAGGAGAGAUGGAGGCGCAGCGGCAGGAACAGCAGGGCCAGGAAGCCACUGGGCCCCGUUGCGGAGGGCAGACCUCUGCCUCGGGGGCGGGCAGCAGAUGCAGUGCCCAGCGACAGCCAGGCUGGUGGGUGUGGGCCAGGCAGGGUGGGGCAGGUGCCCGUCCUGGGCUGACGCUUACACAGAGCCCUGCGGAAUGCCGCUGGCUGGCGGACUGCCCACCCCCGCCCAGCCCGUGCCUAUAAGGCCUCAGCAAUGCAGGAGCCUGCACUGCUCCCAGACGACAUCAGAGAUGAGGACAGUAUUGCUGCUCCUUGCAGCCCUGGCCGUGGCUACAGGGCCAGCCCUUGCCCUGCGCUGCCACGUGUGCACCAGCUCCAGCAACUGCAAGCAGCCUGCGGUCUGCCCGGCCAGCUCUCGCUUCUGCAAGACCAUGAACACAGUGGAGCCUCUGAAGGGGAAUCUGGUGAAGAAGGACUGUGCGGAGUCGUGCACACCCAACUACACCCUGCAAGGCCAGGUCAGCAGCGGCACCGGCUCCAUCCAGUGCUGCCAGGAGGACCUGUGCAACGAGAAGCUGCACAACGCUGCACCCACCCGCACCGCCCUCGCCCACAGUGCCCUCAGCCUGGGGCUGGCCCUGAGCCUCCUGGCCAUCGUCUUAGCCCCCAGCCUGUGACCCUCCCCCCAGGGAAGGCCCCUCAUGCCUUUCCUUCCCUUUCUCUGGGGAUUCCACGCCUCUCUUCCCCAGCCGCAACGGGGGUGCCAGGAGCCCCAGACUGAGGGCUUCCCCGAAAGUCUGGGACCAGGUCCACGUGGGCAUGGAAUGCUGAUGACUUGGAGCAGGCCCCACAGACCCCACAGAGGAUGAAGCCCCACCACAGAGGAUGCAGCCCCCAGCUGCAUGGAGGGUGGAGGACAGAAGUCCUGUGUAUCCCCGGAUUUCACACUCCUUCUGUUUUGUUGCCGUUUAUUUUUGUACUCAAAUCUCUACAUGGAGAUAAAUGAUUUAAACCAG